AUGAAACAUAAAAAGGAUGGUAAUAUGCACUUUAUACAAUCUUAGCAACAAUCCUAACCAUUUCUUUAAUCUAUUGUUGGCGAAGAAGAAGAAGACCAACUGACUUUAUUAUAAAUAAUGAUGAAUGGACAGACUUUUGA